GCGUGCAUGCACGUGUGUGUAUGUGUAUGUGUAUUGAUGUGUUUUAUAAAUAUUAAAUAUUUCACUGCUUUUUUUUUGCAGUUCAAAUAAACCUACUUUGGACAUUGCUUACCUUGUUGUAUGGCUAACUGCCCUACUGACACACAUAAAUACACAUGCGCACUAGAGAUGGUGGGGUGCAACUAACCACAACUGCAUUACAAUAUAUCCUGUUAAACCAUCACUGUGAGUUUCUGACUGUCCGUUCUCCAAACAUCCACAGCUUGUGAUUACCGCCUCCUGAGCAAGUUGCUGUCUCCCUUCUAAUCUGAAAGGAAUCAGUCUCCGCACCCAUUUUCUAUUCAACUUUUCAAAUGAUAAAUCUCAAUUUUGCAAAAGGAGUAACGUCCAUGUCAAGAUGACAGAUGGAUUUCGCCCCAAACCUGAACUCUUCCGAUGGCUUCAGCAUGGCGAGAGUGGCCAACGCGUGCGACAUCGACUUCAGCCAGGACACCGUGUUUCUCCCCGUCCUGUACGGCAUCUUCUUCACCGUGGGGCUCCCGCUGAACCUGCUGGCCAUGUACGGGCUCUACCGCCUGAUCAAGUCCGAGAACGUGCUCCCGGUGUACCUGAUCAACCUGCUCCUCUCCGACCUCCUCCAGCUGCUCACCCUGCCGCUGUGGAUGGACUACUACAGCAGUGGGCACCGCUGGCGCUACGGGCCCCAGGCCUGCCAGGUGAUGGCCCUGGUCUUCUAUGUCAGCAUCUACGCCAGCAUAUUCUUCAUGUGCGCCAUCGCCCUGGAGCGCCACCUGGCGGUGGCCCGGCCGUUCCGGUUCCAGGCGGCGCGGAGCCUCAGGAACGCCCGCUGGGUGGCGCUCAGCCUGUGGGUGGCGGUGGCGGUGCCCCCUUCCGUCGCCCUGAAGGUCCUGUUCCCCGUCUCGGAGGACUCCGCCCUCUGCAUCGAGAAGUACCCGUCGGAGCAGGCCUUCGUCACCUACCGCCUGGUCACCCUGGUCCUCUCCUUCUUCCUCCCGCUGGCCUUCAUCGCCGCCCUCAACCGGGCGACCCUGCGGGCGCUGGCGGGCGUGGGCUCCCUGGCGCGGGGGGAGAAGAGGCGGAUCCGCGGCCUGCUCACCCUGCUGGUGGUGACCUUCGUGCUGGUGCUGGGGCCCUACCACCUGGCCGGCUCGGUGAAGUACGUGGGGCUGCUGUUCCGCCCGGGGGACUGCGAGUGGGAGGACGCCGUGUACCUGCCCUACCAGGGCGGCCGAGCGCUGCUCUGCCUCAACAGCCUCCUGGAUCCCGUCUUUUACAUCUUCCUCCGCGGCGACUUUAGAGAGGCGGCCCGCAGGUACGUGCCCUGCCUGAAGAGGGCGCAGUGGUUUGCCAGCCAGGAGAGGUCCUCGGACCUGGGGGAGAGACCCACGAACUCCACGCAAGACCCCGAGAUGUGAAAAAUGAGCGGUCGUUAGAGUUAGCAUGUUGUUCAGCCCUUUAUUUACUUGCAUUGUUUUUAUUGAGCAGGGGAGGCCAGUCUUAUGUGAAAGGGGCCAGUGUAGGUACAGGUUUUUGUUUUUGGUUCAGCAUUAAGACACCUGAUUCUGCUGAUCAGUGUCUUGAUUGAAGGUGGUGAUUAAUUAAAUAGUUGAAUCAGGUCUUAGUGCUGGGCUUAAACAAAAACCUGCAACUGCACCAGCCCUGUUCGGAAAAUAUUGGACAUCCCUAUGAUAGAGUAUGUGAGAUAUACAUGUAAAUGCUAAAUGCUAUAAUGGUAGAAAUCACUGCCAUUUUUUUUGUGUUUCAUAUGAUUCAGUCAUUCUAAAUUUAGUUCCUGAUUAUGAAAUGUUCUUUCAACAUUUUUGACAGAUUUGUGUGUGUGUACGUGCGCGCGCAUGUGUAGGUGUUACUGCUUACCACAGUGUAUAUUUUUGCAUCAUUUGCUAUGUAUUGAAAAUAGUACACAGCUUAUAAUAUUCCAGAUGAUUAUUUUAAGCUUUUUUAAAUAUGAUGCGUAUCAUUUAUUUUUUAUUUUUUGAAUAGUUAAAAAAAAUUCUCAUUAACUUUAUUAGUUAUAACUUUAAAAGUUAUAAUUAUAACUUUAUUAUCUUAAUAGUAGAAAUGUGUUGAAGAUGGCGCAUUCCAUUUUACAACUUUUAUUUAAUGUUUGCUAUUUCAGUUAGGAAAUCUUCAAUUCACAGCUCACAUUAAGGUUUCAACAAUAAUGAUUGUAGUAAUUAACUUCUGACUGCUUUCAUUAACUAUGCAUUACUUUGAGAAGAAAGAAGCUCCAUGUUUCAUUUCAUCAGUGAGUUCUGCGAAAUGACCUGCCAUAUUGUAGAUAACAGGGUUUCCAUAUUUAUGGAUUGUGUAUCAGUGUAUUAUGUUUAGUGUAGCUGUGCCUAAUCUUACCACUUUUUCAUUGUGUGUUCCAUUUUGUAAUGUCAGUUACUGGCCAUCAAAAUCAUUCUUGUAUGUAUGAUAGGUUGUUUAAAAAAAAUAAAAAAUAAAAAUAUAUAUAUAUAUAUAUAUAUUUUUUGAUGCCCAAUCUGUUCUGCCUGCAUAUUUAUUCCGUCUGUGCUGGUCCCAAUCUUGCCAUUCCAUGAAGCCUGAGCUCACCAUGCAAUCAAAAAAAUGCGACAUUGUACACCUCAGAAAAAAUGGUUGAACUCUUACGUGUUAAAGAUGACCAGUGUUGUACAUUAUUUUCCUUUAUUUUUAUGUGGAACUAUUUUUUAUAGGGGGGAGGGGGGUAAACUUACUUGGACGGAGGAUGAUUAAUAUUAAGAUUAAAAUGAUCACAACAUCAAAGUUUUAAUAGUGAAACAGUGAAGAGUUUUUGGAAUGAUUUUCAGUGUAGAAUAUGCAGAAGGAUACAGACAUAGUGCUUCUACUGGCACCUCUAGGUGCCGUUACAUUAGGUUACAACUUGAAACAUACUUAAAAACAGAAACUUCACAUUGUGCCGCAGUUAAACCUACUGAAAAUUCUGUGCAGGCCAAACUCCCAUUUCCCUUGCAAAAUGCCAUCUUACAGAAUACACAGCCCUUGCGCAACUUUACAUUGGCAGUUGAAACAUCCUUUUCUCCAUAAAAGUCAUUUUUAUGUUACCUUUUGUUAUGUCACCUUUAACAUCGCCUUAAAAAACAGUAGUGUGGAACUCCUCAAACUCUAGUUCUACUCUAGUCCCCCCUCCACCCCUCCCUCGACCCAUGUCCCCCCACGCCAGUUAUUCUGUCUCAUUGAACAACAGCAGCUCUUUUGGUUAAUCUCCCUGCAUAAACCGUGUGAGCUGGGAUUUCCUCCAGCACAAUGAACAGCAGCAGUGGAUAGCAGGAUGAAGCACAUAGCAGCGUUCACUCCACUGACUUUAACCAGGAAGUUGCGUUUCGAUCAGGCUGUGGUGCGCAUAAGAUGCAGAAAUGAUGGUCAAGAUCUAAGGUCCAGUAACCACUGGAAUAGUUUCUAUCCUCAAAUAAUGGAUGUUUCAACACAGCAUUUUAGCAUUUGUACUGUAAAUAAAAGGCAAAAUCCUUUUUCAUUUGGUGAAAAUUAUAAACCAUUGGAUGAUCCAAUAUUUUGUUUGUUUUUAGAAUUAUUUAUUUAUUUUAAUUUGUGUCAGGUUAUUGGCAUAUUCAAAUUCUGGCAAAAAUGAAUGAUAAUUAUUGCUGAGUGUUUGAAGGAGUGUUUUUUUGGGGGGGUAGUUCUGUGACUUUCUCUGUUUUUUUUGCCAUUCUUGCUAUUUCCUCCCAUUUUUCCUGCUUUCUGUGAUUUUUUGGCAGUCUUGGAUGGCAACUGUCAACCUUAACAUAGCCUACAUUGUGGUUUAUAUAAGCCUGCACAUUUUAAGCAUAUUGGCAAAUGCUGAGAUAAACAAAGUGUGACAAUGUAUACGGAUUCCGGAGCGUGCUGGGAUUGAGCUUCCCAUCCUUGUCAGUUGCAAUCAGGCGUUUGACAGCCCCUGUUGUCAGUGACAACCAAGUAUAUUUGACUGCAGGAUUGGGGGGGGGGGGGGGGGCAGUGUUGGAUAUCGAUGGGUGGGGUUUGACAUCCAGCCUGACACCUGGAAUUGGUUAAAAACAAUUCCGCCAUUCAAAUCUCUCCAUUGGACUAUCCCUUAGCAUGUCUAAGGGUUGACUGUGACAUCAAGCCCCGCCCUCCCACAGACUGCAGUCAGAUGCUCUCCUGACGACACACGCUUCAUAAAAGGAGCACAACAUGUCGUAUCAAAACAAACUUCAAAGAAAUAACACCAGUCACAUGGUAACCUAUUAUUUUAGUAGUGCAUUUUGAGCAUGCUCUGUUUCUAACAAUGAAAUGCACCAGUCUGUCAAUGUAUUGUACUCAUUUUUGUCCCUUGCAGCAACUGCCACUGAUUUUUUUUCUUUUUUAAACUUCAAGCCCAUGUUACUGGAUUUGCUCGAGUUACUUCUGUCAUUUCCCAUCGCUGUACUUGAGACCUCAGUUAAUUUAAUAAAUUAAUGUUCUCUUUUUUAAAU